UUUUUCCUUGAAUUCCAACACAGGGUCAAAACCUCACCAUGGAAAACAGUGUUGAUGUCAAGAUAGAAAAUAAUGCGGAAAGAAAACCAAGAAAGCAAAGUCCCUUGAGCAAAGGUGGAAAGAGAAUCUGCAGAGCUGUUGGGUACAUCACAGGAGACAUGAAGGAAUUUGGAGCCUGGCUAAGAGACAAGCCUAUUGUGAUCCAGUUUAUCGACUGGGUGCUGCGUGGGAUAUCCCAGGUGAUGUUUGUCAAUAAUCCCCUCAGUGGGCUUAUUGUAGUAGCUGGCUUCCUGGUACAGAACCCAUGGUGGACGCUCACGGGCUGUUUAGGUACAGUGGUCUCAACCUUAACAGCACUCAUUCUGGGCCAGGACAGAGCAGCCAUAGCAGCAGGUCUACAUGGCUAUAACGGGGUCUUGGUGGGACUGCUCAUGGCAGUCUUCUCUGCUAAGGGAGACUACCACUGGUGGCUUCUACUGCCAGUAGCACUGGUGUCCAUGAUGUGCCCUGUUUUCACCAGCGCUUUAGGCUCAGUCUUCUGUAAGUGGGAUCUGCCUGUUUUCACCUUGCCUUUCAACUUGGCCUUGACCCUCUAUCUGGCUGCAUCAGGACCCUAUAACCUCUUCUUCCCUACAACCGUCAUUCAGCCUGCAACAGCAACACCAAACAUCACCUGGACAGACGCUAAAAUGUCAAUGCUACUGCAAUCCAUUCCAGUCGGGGUGGGUCAGGUUUACGGCUGCGAUAACCCCUGGACUGGGGGAAUAUUCCUGCUUGCUUUAUUUAUCUCGUCUCCACUCAUCUGUCUGCACGCGGCAAUUGGAUCAGCAGUGGGAAUGCUGGCAGCACUGAGCUUAGCAACACCUUUUAGCAAAGUCUACUCCGGCUUGUGGAGCUACAACAGCUCCCUCUCCUGUAUCGCCAUCGGAGGCAUGUUCUACGCGUUCACCUGGCAGACACAUUUGCUGGCAAUUGCCUGCGCACUCUUCAGUGCCUAUCUGGGAGCAACAAUGACAAACAUGUUGUCUGUGUUUGGGGUGCCAUCAGGAACCUGGUCUUUCUGCUUAUCUGCACUGACCUUCCUGUUAAUAACCACAGACCACUCUGCCAUCUACAAGCUACCGCUCUCCAAAGUCACCUAUCCAGAAGCCAACCGGGCAUAUUACCUGAGGGUGAAGAAACAUCAGUUGUCUUGCUGUGAUGUAUAAAGGCCCAAGAAGAGAGAUACUUUGCAGAUUGUAAGGCAAGAGCACAAGGUAUUCCCCCUAUAAAAUCAAAAGACCAGAAAAACCUACCACCUUUGAAUGAAGAGACUUUUUCCAUCACAAUCUUUUGUUUUAUCCUGAUUAAAUAGAGCUGUGCUGUUUUGGAGGGACCUUUCCCAAGGCUAAUCUGUAAUGAUUUAAAAGCACAUAUGCCUGAAAAGAUGCUUGAUUUUUAAACAGUGGGGAAAUGACUUAAAAGUCAAAAAGGAAAAUCUGUUUCUGAAAUACAAGUUACAGCAAUCGUACAUAAAGCAAUGAAGAGCAGAGCAUCUCUCGGCAUCUGAUGGGACUCCUAAUCAAUGGCUAAACCCAGCUUACCACAGCAAUAGGAUACAUCUUAGGGAGCUUCAUAGUAGCAGAGAACCCGAAUAAAGAGUACAGUUUGCUAAGUAGAAAAUAGGCAAUGAAGAAAUCAGCCUGGAGGAUCUCGAGCAUGGUGGAGAAAGAUGUGAAUCAACAAUCAUCACAUACGGAACGGACAGAGAGGAAUGGCAGGCAGUGUUGCUAACACUUGCAAGACUUCUGGUAAAAUCACAAUAAUGGUGGAGAAGGGGGGUAGUUAUAAGCCCCAGCUUUUGGGUGUUGAAGUUUGCACUGGGUUCUAACACUUCUUGAAAACAUUGUUUCAGGCCCACACCAUUGCAAAGAAAAGUCUGUAAGCUCAAGGCCAAGAAAGGUGAUACCAGUAAAAAUAAUCUUUUUCUAU